UAUACCUUGUGUAACUUUUUGUCUUACAGUAAUCCCGUGAAGUUGUGAGAUCUGAUAUUAAGAUGACCAAGAUCACAAUCCUUGCAGCCUUAUGUCUGGUGAUAUGCCAGCUGGGAUCUGCCACCCAGAUGGUGUGCUACUUCACCAACUGGUCCCAGUACAGACCUGGUGAGGGCAAAUACAUGCCACAAAACGUGGACCCCUUCCUUUGUACUACCCUGAUCUAUGCCUUUUCCAUCCUCAACCAUAACAAUGAGCUGGUUACCUACGAAUGGAAUGAUGAUGUCCUCUACAAAUCUUUCAAUGCCCUGAAGAACAAGAAUCCUCAUCUGAAGACUCUGCUGGCUGUUGGUGGAUGGAACUUCGGUUCAAGACAGUUCUCCAUCAUGGUGUCCACUCCAGCUAACCGUCAGAGAUUCAUUCAGUCUUCUAUCACAUUCCUGAGGACUCAUGGAUUUGAUGGUCUGGAUCUGGACUGGGAGUACCCUGGAUCUCGUGGAAGUCCCGCAGAGGACAAACAGAAGUUCACUCUGCUCUGCAGGGAACUCGUUGCUGCCUAUGCAGCUGAGGCUAAGGCCACUGGCAAGCCUCAGCUCAUGCUGAGCGCUGCAGUGGCUGCUGGAAAGGGAACCAUCGAUGCCGGAUAUGAAAUUGCUGAGAUUGCCAAGGAACUAGACUUCAUCAAUGUGAUGACCUAUGACUUCCAUGGAACUUGGGAGCAGUUCACUGGACACAACAGCCCUCUGUUCCGCGGUUCUGAGGACUCUGGUGACCUCAUCCACUUUAACACCGACUCUGCCAUGAGAUAUUGGAGAGACAACGGCACCCCAGUGGAGAAGCUGAGGAUGGGUUUUGCUUCCUACGGUCGUACUUUCCGUCUGACAUCAUCAGACACUGGUGUUGGAGCCCCAGCUAGCGGCCCUGCAUCAGCUGGACCAUUCACACGUGAAGCUGGAUUCUGGGCCUACUAUGAGAUCUGUAGCUUUGUGAAGGGCACCACCAUCCAGUGGAUUGAUGAUCAGAAAGUUCCUUAUGCCUCUAAGAACAAUGAGUGGGUAGGAUUUGAUAACAAGGAGAGCUAUGAGAUCAAGGUGCGCUACAUGCAGGAGCAGAAGUUUGGCGGUGCCUUUGUGUGGGCCCUCGAUUUGGAUGACUUUGCUGGACGAUUCUGUGGAGAGGGGAAGCACCCUCUGCUGUCUCAUCUCCGCAAACUUCUCAAUAUCGAGCUGCCCCCACUGCCUCCUACCACCACCCCCAAACCAGGUGCUACCACCAUCUCCCCUCCAACCACCACCACCACCACCACCACCCAUGCCCCAGGACCUGGCUUCUGUAAUGGCAAACCUGACGGCCUGUAUGCCAAACCAGACGACAAGUCCAGCUUCUACAUGUGCGCUGCUGGCAUCACCCACGUGAUGCCAUGCGGAACUGGAUCUGUCUUUAAUGAAGACUGCAAGUGCUGCACCUGGCCAUGAGCCAUAAGUCAUGAGUGGAGACAAUGUGUAUCACAAUUGAUGCAAAUGUCAGCCAUUAAACAGACUGUAAAAGUUCACUUGUAUCCACUCUGUAUACAAUAAUUUACCUAAAUGAAUCUAUCAUUGGAGUUGUAUAGAUACAAUGUAUUCUCUUGGGGAAACAUGUAAUACAGAUUUCAGAAUGCAAACAAAAGCAUUGAAGUAGUUUGGUACAAAUUGUUGAGUGCUGGCUCGUCAUUCAAAUCUACUUAUUAUUGGUCAAAAUCUACUACUUUUUUUUACAUUUUGAGAAGAGAGUCAUUCUUCUCAAAUGUAGUUUUUUGUGUCAUCUAAACACCAAUAACUGUUAAGGAUAAGCUAUUGUGAAAAUAAUUAAAGCUAACAAUGUGAUAUUAUUCAGUCCUCGCUUUGAGUAUUCAUAAAGUAAAAUUGCUGUACAGAGUGCAUAUCAUGAUUGGAUCUUAUUACUGAGCCAUAGUUUUUGUAAGUAAUCCAGGCUCUUACAUAAAAAGGUUUUCAAUCACCGAUUGAGCACUGAACAGUGGUUUCCUCAGUUAGUUAGUCAGAGCAGUAGUGAGAAAUCACAGCAUCAAAGGUGCAGUUGAGACCUCAGACACCAUUAUUAGCCUGAUACUAAUUUUGCACUACAAUGAAUACUUUUAUGAUUCAUGACAGGGACUUUCACUUCUAAAAAACAUGAAUUUUCUCCUAGAGAAGCAAGCAUUUGACCAGAAAGUAGCCAAUUCAAUUCCUGGACCAGCAGGAUAAAUCUGGAUGGGAAAAGUGAAAAAGCAGUGCUUGCCCGUCCCUCAUUACCACCACUGAGGUGCCCUAAACUAACUUCUCCAGUGGAGCUUCUCAUUCGCCCAGAGAUCAGAGUGUGGUUGUAUACUGGGCAGCUUCCAUGUGUACAUAUAUGUAACUGUAUGAAUGUG